CAGGCUAAGCUGACUUUAUUCACGAUAAACGAUGCACUCAUCAAUAAGAAUGAAUCACGUCCAAUUUUCGCGCCCGUGUUUUUCCACGCCGUUCCUCCUUUCCCUCCCACCCGAUUGCCUGUCAUUGUGCCACCGCCAGAAGCCAGUGAACGCAUCACCGGCAGCGCGAGCGAAUGCGCAGGAGCGGCUCGCGGAGAAGUCAGAUGGAAAAGAAGCAGCAGAGGAGGAGGACGGCGAUCACGAGAGUCCACUCGGCGUUUGCCUGAGAGAGAGCGGACGAGGAAAAAAGUGGGACCGAGCAUUUGGAUACAUGUUUCCACCUGUCCACUCCAAAGCAGGACUGCGGAGGAGAGGGAACGAGAGAGCUUGAAGCCAGCGGCAGCGAGCGCGCGCCGAGCCCUUUCUCCCAAACCUGGAAAUCGAGCUCAUUACGCGGUGCUUUUGGGACUGUGCGGGAAGCGCGCGGAUGCGGAUUUGGAGCUAUUUGCGUUUGAGCAAGUUCUGUCCUGUGAUGAGGAAGCCACAAAAAGUGGACACCUUAGCCCGUUGUGCGUAAUUUUGUUGUUUUUUUUUCCCACCCCCUCCACCUUCCCCCAUCUCUCCAUUUCGCAUCUCGUAUGGCUUCCCUCGGCUGGCUUGUGCAAGUCCACGCGCCCUGCUGAUUAUUUCAUGGCUGUGGGGCGCAGCGGGAGUCGUGCGUGGAGAAAGAGGACGGUGUGAGCAGAAGUAUGUCUGCACUCCGAAAGAAAUUCGGGGACGAUUACCAGGUAGUGACCACCUCAUCCAGCGGCUCUGGCUUCGGCAACCAGGCGCCGGCGGCGGAGAAGAAGCGCAAGCGGCAGCGCUUCGUGGACAAGAACGGCCGCUGCAACGUCCAGCAUGGCAACCUCGGGGGCGAGACCAGCAGAUACCUCUCGGACCUGUUCACCACCCUGGUGGAUCUGAAAUGGCGCUGGAACCUGUUCAUCUUCAUCCUCACCUACACGGUGGCCUGGCUCUUCAUGGCGUCCAUGUGGUGGUUCAUCGCCUACAUCCGCGGCGACCUGAACAAGGCGCACAACGACAAGUACACGCCGUGCGUGGCCAACGUGUACAACUUUCCCUCGGCCUUCCUCUUCUUCAUCGAGACCGAGGCGACCAUCGGCUACGGCUACCGCUACAUCACGGACAAGUGCCCCGAGGGCAUCAUCCUCUUCCUCUUCCAGUCCAUCCUGGGCUCCAUCGUGGACGCCUUCCUCAUCGGCUGCAUGUUCAUUAAGAUGUCCCAGCCCAAGAAGAGGGCCGAGACGCUCAUGUUCAGCGAGCACGCGGCCAUCUCCAUGCGUGACGGGAAACUCACGCUCAUGUUCCGCGUGGGGAACCUGCGCAACAGCCAUAUGGUCUCCGCGCAGAUCCGCUGCAAACUGCUCAAAUCUCGGCAGACCCCCGAAGGCGAGUUCCUUCCCCUGGACCAGUUGGAGCUGGACGUCGGCUUUAGCACGGGCGCAGACCAGCUCUUUCUGGUGUCGCCGCUCACCAUCUGCCACGUGAUUGACACCAAAAGCCCCUUCUACGACCUCUCGCAGAGGUCCAUGCAAACGGAGCAGUUUGAAAUUGUGGUGAUACUGGAGGGCAUCGUGGAGACCACGGGGAUGACGUGCCAAGCGAGGACGUCCUACACCGAGGACGAGGUUCUGUGGGGACACCGUUUCUUCCCGGUCAUCUCCUUGGAGGACGGGUUCUUCAAGGUGGACUACUCCCAGUUCCACGCCACCUUCGAGGUGCCCACGCCGCCGUACAGCGUGAAGGAGCAGGAGGAGGCCCUGCUCCUGUCCUCGCCUCUCAUGGCGCCGUCUCUGUGCAACAGCGGCGAAAAGAACAGCUCCCUGGACUGUCUGGAGACCCUGGAGGACAAUGACAGCACCACCAAGCUGCCCACCAAGCUCCAGAAGAUCACGGGGCGGGACGGCCUCCCUAAAAAGCUGCUGAGGAUGAGCUCCACCACCUCGGAGAUGACUUACAGUUUCGGAGACCUGCCCAUGAAGCUGCAGCGAAUCAGCUCCGUGCCCGGCGUGUCCGACGAUAAGCAGGGCGGGAAGGCCUCCAAAAUAAGCACAGAGCCCAUCAGCAAGUCGGUGGCGGACUUACCCCCCAAACUGCAGCGACUGGCCGGGGGGGGCCGGAUGGACGGACACCUGCCGCCCAAACUCAGAAAGAUGAAUUCCGAUCGUUUUACAUAAAGAAAAGCCAAUCACCCGUCUUUUGACUUCCCUUGUGCUAUUCCUGAUUUAUGAAUUGAUAUUUUACUCAUGUACAAUAUGCGCACAGAUACAAUCUGUGUGGAAUUCCUUCUGACCAUUCUCAGUUGGCAAUCGAAAAAGGGACUUCUUAUUGUUUUGUUUUUUUUAAUCAAACUGUGACUCGACCUGAAAAUUAGCUUUCAAUUUUCAUUUUUCAA